AUGCUAGCACAGGAACUAUUUACGGGAUACAACCAGACUCGUCUACCUCCUAGAUGUGCUUUUAAAGUUGACAUCCGGAAGGCAUAUGACACAGUUGAUUGGGAUUUCUUGAUAGUAGUCAUGGAGAUGUUUGGGUUUCCUAUUACUUUCGUGAAGUGGAUUGAAGAGUGUGUGACAACACCUUCAUUCUCUGUAGGGCUAAAUGGGAAGCCCCAUGGAUUCUUUCGAGGAGCCAGAGGACUUCGGCAAGGUCUGGAUCGUUUUGCCGAAUGGUCGGGUCUCAGACUGAACGUGCAGAAAAGUCACCUGAUUAUCUCACGUUCAGCGCAAGCAUUGCGUGAGGAGAUGUCGGCGCUACUCGGAUUUCAGGAAGGGGUUCUUCCAAAUGAGGUAUCUGGGGUUACCACUUAUAUCGUCUCGACUCACUAUUGCAGAUUGCCGUCCACUAUUAAUGAAGAUUGA